GGUGCAGUCCGCUAACCCUCCUCUCAGAUGUAUCGCAAACAGUGAAAGUGCGUGGUACGCGCGCUCCUCGUCCGCGUAAUAACUACAAGUGAAUCGCCGUUCCUAUCGUUCGUGAGUAUCGAUAGACAUCAAGGUGUUUUCUUUUGCGUGCUUCCAGGCUUAUCGAGCAGGGAGAAAGAGAGAAAGAGAAAACGAAAAGAUGCAGCUAAGAGCUUUUUUCUUUGUGUUACUGUUGCACGCUUCAGUUGCAAUCGAAUUCGAGGACAACUUUAAAAAUUGUCACCCGAAUCUGUCAGGUUUUGACGUCUGUGUACGAGAAGGAUUGAAUGCAAUACGGCCUUAUUUCAAAACCGGUUUGUCGAAAUACAAUGUUCUCCCAUUUGAUCCUUUUUUUGCCAGAGAGGUAACAGUCAGAAGAGGAGUACCGAACUUUGGUUUUACUUUAACACUUCGAAAUGUUACCGAGACCGGAUGGUCCCUCAGUAAAGUAACGAAAUUUGUUUCCGACUUGAAUAAUUACAAGGUUGUGUACACACAAAAUUUCCCGGAGAAAAUGCUGACGGGUAAUUACGAAUUUAAAGGCGUGUGCUUCAGCUCCACUAUAUCCAAUAGAGGAAAAUUCACGCUUACUUUGUAUGAUCUCAUUCAAACGACGACAGUGACCAGGUUGCCGGGACAGAAAGUGAAAGCUCAAAUGGAUGUCCAAUCUAUUAAUGAUUUAAAACUUCAUAUUACAAAUCUUCUAUUUGGCAAGCAAUUUUUUGAAAGUAUCCUUGAUAAAAUAAUUAAUACCACAUGGCAACCGGGUUUUGUUGUGACGAGAGGUCUGAUUAACGAACUCGUUUCGACCGCUUUUACAGAAAUCUUUAAUGACGCUUUCUAUGAUUUUCCCUUCGAGCAGAUUUUUAAAUCAAAGCCGUUGAUAAAUUAAAAUAAUUAUAACAAGAUAUGCUGAGAUUGAAAUCGACAAAAUAAAUAUCUUAAUUAGUAAAUAAGUAAGAAGUGUAUCUGCCAGUAAUAUAUUACUGUAAGUAAUCUGUUCGUUAAACAACAGUACAAGAGAACGAAAUUUAUUCAGAAAAAAUUUUAUACGACUCUUGUUACAUUUACGUAAUAAUUUUCAUAUAGUGUAUGAAUUGUGUGUAAAUUAGCAUAUAAGAUACACAUGUGUCAUGCUAUGUUAAGUAUAUAAAUAUAUUCUUUUUUACAAUCUACACACCUUUUGUAUUAAAUAUUUUAUGUUAAUUCCGAGUAAUUCAUCUUUUGUGAAUUAAUACCUAUCUUAUUAAUUUAAUUUAUAUUAUAUUUUGUAUCUUUAUAAACUACCAUAUACAUUACAGCUCAUAUAUGUAUGAUUACAUCUUCCGACAAGUGCUAUGAGGAAUGCCAAGUGUUUUAAUGGCAAGACAGAAUGAGUUUCUUUUCGCAUCAAUAGCUGCUCGCCUUGAAGACACUGCGGUCUUCGAACUGUCUUCGAACUUACAUUCUUGCAGAACACAUGGAAACAUCGUUGCGAGGCAAUGAACCGAGAGACAUCAAUUUAUUGAGCAUUGUUAGAUAAUGUUAAUUUUGAUCAGCGGGCGAGUCAAGUUUACAUAAGUCAUAUAUCAUUUUCGUGUCGUUCAACUCUGAUCAUUUUAAUAAAUACUGAUCUUCUCUUAAAGUCAGAUUCACGGUAUUCGUUGAAGACAGAUGCGUACGUGCGUGCGUGCACGUUGCAUCUUUCCCAUGAACAAAUGUACAGACUCACUGUGUGGAAUCUUAACCCAGGUGUGCAAUGACCUUCCUUUUCUACUCAUUUAUCAACCAACAGAUCUUAAAAUAAGUCUGGAAAAAGUUUGUUUCUGUAAGAAGCCUUGAAAUCAUUUUCAAUGCAAUCAUUGUUUAGAAAGUGCUAAUUUAAUCUGGCAUAAGAAACAAAACGUAAUUGCGUGAGUUAAAAUUUAAAAUAUACAUAUAUGUGUAUAUAUCGUCAGAUUUUAAAUACUCUUCCUUUUCUACCUCCAUUUAUCGUACCAACAGAUUUUUUAAUAAAUCUGGAAAAAGCGUUUAUUUCUGAAAGAAGCCUUGAAAUUAUUUUCAAUGUAAUCAUUGUUUAGAAAGUGAUAAUUUGAUCUGACAUAAGAAAAACAAAACGUAAUUGCGUAAGUUAAAAUAUACAUAUAUAUGUAUACAUAUAUUGUCAGAUUUAAAAAACUAUAUAUUUUGUAUUAUAAUAGACUUACAGAAAUGUAACAACAAUGGAGUGCAACAAAUAGUCUUUAACUAAAAGUUAUACGUGAAAACAUCGUCUCGAGACAUUGAACCGAGAGACAUCGAUUUAUGUUGAUCAUUGUUAGAUAUUAUUAAUUUUGAUCAGAGGGCAAGUCAAAUUUACAUAAGUCAUAUAUAUUAUUUUCGUUCAACUCUGAUUUUAAUAAAUACAGAUCUUAACUUAAAGUCAGAUUCGUGGUAUUCGUUAAAAAAAGAUGCGAUAUGCGUUGCCAAUAAAAAAGUAAUCGACUGCAAAUUUUUUAAGGUGGUUUUAUCGCGCAAGUACCAAUCAAAAGUUAGUCCCUCUAUAUGACUAAUAAUUCAAUAAAAACAUUUCGCAUAGACUGUAUAUAUGCGAUUGUGUGACGUUUAUGUGACAACGUCACACUAUCAAGUUGACGUGGUAAAACCACCUUAAUGCGAGCUCAUUUUGUCGGAACCAGUUUGCCGCAUAUCAUUUGUAUUAUUACUUGAAUAAAUGAGUAUAAAUGA